UUGGUCUAUUAUAUGACAUUUGAAACAAUUUACCCAAUGGAGAAUGCCGUUGCUUUCGUUAAUGGCGACAUUUUUGGGUACGACGUGAUAACGAAUUAACGCUCAUAGUUUGAAGAAAACAAUAUUUUAAUUACAAUGGCUAGAAAUUCAGAAAAGGCAAUGACCACCCUGGCCAGGUGGCGUGCGGCCAAUCUAGGUGAGGUUGCAGUAAAAGAAAGGAGACCCUACCUAGCAACAGAAUGUGAUGAUUUACAUAUGGCAGAAAAGUGGAGAAGACAGAUCAUAGGAGAGGUUUCAAGAAAAGUGGCACAGAUUCAAAAUGCUGGUCUCGGGGAGUUCAAGAUACGAGACAUGAACGAUGAAAUCAACAAGUUACUGCGAGAAAAGGGUCAUUGGGAGGUUAGAAUAGUGGAGCUAGGCGGACCUGAUUAUAAGAAAGUAGGACCAAAGAUGUUGGACCAUGAAGGAAAAGAAGUGCCUGGUAACAGAGGCUACAAGUAUUUUGGGGCAGCAAGAGAUUUGCCAGGUGUGAGGGAGCUGUUUGAGCAGGAAGCACCAACCGCACCAAGGAAAACUAGGUCUGAAAUCAUGAAAUUUAUCAAUGCUGAUUACUAUGGUUACCGGGAUGAGGAUGAUGGUGUUUUGGUACCUUUAGAAUUAGAACAUGAAAAAGCAAUUAUUGAGGCAGCAGUUUCAGAAUGGAAAUCAAAGAAGGAAGCAGGCCUUCUUGGUAACAUUGUAAAGGAGGAGGAGGAUAUUUAUGCUGUAGCACCGGAAGAUAAUUCAGAUGAUGAGAAAAUGGAAACUGAACUCAAAAGCACAGAUGAAGAACAGCCUCGAUAUGUGGCUCAUGUGCCGGUGCCUUCACAGAAAGAAGUUGAAGAAGCAUUAUUGAGGAGGAGGAAACAAGAGUUAUUUGAGCGGUAUGCCAGUGAAACAUUGAUGGCUCAGAGUGAUGAAGCAAAGACUUUGCUUGGUUUGACAUGAAGGAAUUAAGAUCAUUGGUCAUGCUUAGAAUGGAUCCCGGAAAAAGAUAUGCCAGAGACAGUAAUGAUGACAAUGAUUUAGUGAAGUCUGUAAUACUUCACUUUGGAUCUGUUUGCAGGCUAUUAACAAGUCAGUAACAUUGAGGCUGUGGUACUGUAUGCUGAUGUAGAGUUUCUGAUGCCAGCAGUAAUAAUAAUAAUAAUAAUAAAUAAUAUUUGUAAAGCGCUCAAACCCAUUUUAAAGGAAUGCUUAAGGUGCUUGAGAAAAUAAACUGCGGAAAAAGAAAAAAUCGGAAACUAAGCCAGUGAAUAUCCUACAAUCAAACCAGAAGCAGAGAAACCAGCAUUACCGCUCCGUUUACCAGCACUUUGAAGCCACAAUGAGGGAUCGCUGGUUCAGAUCUGGACAUAAGCAACUCAAAACCAGAUAAAGAGAAUUCCAGUUCUAAGACAAUUUACUGUAGUGGAAUUUCCAAUUGCUGUGUUUUCUGUUAUUCCUGACCAAAUAAAAUAUGCAGUAGAUGGAUUAUAAAUUGUAUUUUGGAUUUUUAAAAUAAAAAAAAAAAAAUAAGUGUCUUUUAAUA